GCCGGAGCCACGCACAGGCACAGGUCUGCCAGGCCGCCGCUAGCCCUGGUUCAGCCUUCAAGGCCAAUCCGACCGUCGGCGAUGUUUUAUUUCCACUGUCCGCCACAGCUAGAAGGCACAGCACCUUUUGGCAACCAUUCUACAGGGGAUUUCGAUGAUGGGUUUCUUCGAAGAAAACAGCGCAGGAACCGGACCACCUUCACCCUUCAGCAGCUGGAAGCUCUGGAGGCGGUCUUUGCCCAAACACACUACCCAGAUGUCUUCACCAGAGAGGAGCUAGCCAUGAAAAUAAACCUCACAGAAGCCAGAGUGCAGGUUUGGUUCCAGAACCGAAGAGCCAAAUGGAGGAAGACAGAGAGAGGGGCCUCUGACCAGGAACCAGGGGCCAAGGAGCCCAUGGCAGAGGUGACACCACCACCCGUGAGAAACAUCAAUUCUCCUCCACCAGGGGACCAGGCCCGGAGCAAGAAGGAAGCCCUGGAGGCCCAGCAGAGCCUGGGACGAACAGUGGGCCCUGCCGGGCCUUUCUUCCCCUCCUGCUUGCCAGGGACCCUUCUGAACACAGCUACCUAUGCCCAGGCCCUGUCACACGUGGCAUCUCUGAAAGGAGGCCCACUCUGCUCUUGCUGUGUCCCAGACCCCAUGGGGCUCUCCUUCCUCCCCACUUAUGGCUGCCAGAGUAACCGCACCGCCAGCGUGGCGGCCCUGCGCAUGAAGGCCCGCGAGCAUUCAGAAGCUGUGCUGCAGUCAGCCAACCUCCUGCCCUCCACCAGCAGCAGCCCCAGCCCCGCCUCCAAGCAGGCCCCUCCGGAAGGCAGCCAGGACAAGACCUCCCCGACCAAGGAACAGAGUGAGGGAGAGAAGAGUGUAUGAGAGUCCAGAGUAGCCCAGCCUGGAGCCCUCCCCACCCCUGCUUGCCCUGCGGCUCUGAACCACAAGGAGUAGCCACCUCCUCAUGGAUCUGGCGGGGGAAGUGAGACCUGCAGCCUGGAGAGUCGCUCUAGAAUUCUGCCGGUGGGCUGUGGUUGUUUCUGGCUUUUCUUGGUGACAGUUCCCAACGGCACUUAGUGGCUCUGGAAACUGCUCUGUGGUGAGGCCCUUGUGUGGUUUUUUUUUUGUUGUUGUUUGUUUCAUUUUCCAGGCAAAGCAGCGUUGGGGCAAAGCGUAUUUAUUUGUUCACCCCAUCACCCUUCUUGAGCCAUCUGGGGAGGACUUGUCACUCCAAGGACUGUGGCAUGAGUCACCUCUGAAAGAUACCAAUGGGGGACAUCUCAUGACAAGAAACGGGACAGCCACUCUCAUAUACUGUAAGGACCACAGAACUGGUAGAGGAGCUACAAGUUCUUACUCCCCUCAGUCAAGACUGGCAACAGCCCCCCCCUCCCCCUUCUGUUGUUUAAAGUGUUAGCUGAGGUUUUGGUUAGGAAGUUCACAGUGGUCCUGACGGUGGUGGAUUCCCUGGGCACACCUGGCUGGUCCCAGUCACACAUCUUGUCAGCGCCGUGGCCCCGGGGGCUGCUAUCUUGAUACUGCGGUGUGCAGCAAGCGUGGGUGCCCCGUGACUGGAGUGUCCACUUACGGGCCCUGCGUCUCUACGGAAGAGCGAUGGGAAGGCCACCAAUUCCAAAGCAGCUUUGUGGCCUACAAAAGGACAAGAGGCCCCUGAAGAGGGAGGAGACCCCCAGGGAGGCCCCCCCGAAAUAACUCACGCACAAGUGAACUGCCCUUCGUCCUGUCCCCGUCAUGUGGAGGGGGAAUCUGCGGGGCAACAAGACAGGACUGGGCGAUGUGAGACCCAGGAAGGUGGCUCCUUGUGGUGGAAGAGAACAGAUUCCCAAGGGCCAAAUUUCACAGAGAUUUCUGCCUCAUCCAGGGUGGCUGUGUUCUUUCACGAGGAUGGCGACCUCGAGGAGACCAAAGGGGAGAGCGCGAUAGCAUGAGCCCUGCCUGUCCCCGUGUUGGAAGGGUGGUGGUCUUUGGUGGCUUUUGCUGCUGCUGUUUCCAUGCAAACAGUUAACUGCUUUCAUGAAGGCUGUUUCCAUUUCAGUUGUGAUAGUCGAAAGGCUUUGCAUUCAGGCCCUCUGCCUCUCCCUCAACUCUGCAGGAGCCCCUGCCCCUGUAAUACUCCUAAGUGUAUCGUGCCUCACUUACGAAUACUGCAACACAGUUGGUAGAACACACUGUCUCCUUAAAAAAAGAAAAAAGAAAAAAAAGAGCAGAUCCUUGUUCCUGCUGUAUUUUGCUUGUUGAGUACAAAGAUGAAGUGAUUUGCCAAAAAGCGGCCAAGUCGCUUCCAUUUCCCUGUAAUUACGAAGGUUUGGUUGAGCAAUGUAUGCUCCAGCCCUUAUGCGCACUAACUCUUCAAUCUAAUUGUUUGAUUAAACUCGUAUUUCCUCCAGAAAGGUGCAUAAAUAAGUGAACUGUUGGGCAAAUUAAGAAUACUUAACAGCAUUGCAUCCGAAAAGUAGUUAUGCUGAUUAAAUUUUGUGUCCUUGAGGACUUUCAGGAAAUUACUUUUGAUCGUCAAUAACACAAUUAAGUAAACUACACACACAUUAGCAUGAAUAAUUGAUAAGAAAUUAUGUAUUACCACGAAGCACUGAUUUAAUAAUUCAUGACGCGACACUCCAGUGACUGUGCAAAACUGGAUAACAUUGAAAAGUCUGCCUGACGUUCUGGAAAGAAAGGAAAAAAAAGCGAGCGCCAAACCUCUGCAGAGAUCUCUGAGCACUUAGUUUUGUUGUACAAAGGGAAAAAGUAACCAAUGCAUGAUAUUGUUUCUGUUCGUUUAAACAUCUGA